CCGACAUGGCGACUGCGAGGACGCUCAUAUGCUCCAGAACAACCUGCAUCUGAAGCGGCUCUCAGCGGUCAUCACAACAUCACCAUUUCUAUCAGUUGCUUUCGGAUAAACGCACACAGUGAAUACUUUGUAACUGGGUCUGAUUGAGGAAGACAAUGGUGGAACAGGGCCACACAUCUUUGGCGGGGCAGAGGUUAGGAGCACCAGUGACCCUGGGCAUCAGCACUCUGGACCCUGGACACAAAGCGCCAGCUAUGCCGCCUGGACGACUGAUACCUGUCAGAGUCCAGCUGCUGGAUGACUCAGAGGAGACAUUCGACAUCUCGCAUCGAUCAUCAGGACGAGUUCUGUUUGAGAGGGUCUGCUCUCAUCUUAACCUCAUCGAAGGGGAUUACUUCGGCCUGGAGUUCCAGAACCAUAACAGAAGGACGGUUUGGUUGGAUUUACUAAAGCCCAUUAGAAAGCAGAUCAUACGGCCCAAGCACACCGUCCUUCGGUUUGUUGUGAAAUUUUUUCCCCCUGAUCAUUCCCUUCUACUGGAGGAGCUGACCAGGUACUUGUUUGCACUGCAGGUCAGGCAGGAUCUGGCAAGUGGACGGCUCACCUGUAGCGACGCCAGCGCUGCUCUUUUGGUAGCUCAUAUCAUCCAGUCUGAAAUUGGUGAUUUUGAAGAGACUCAGUGUAGACAACAUCUGCUGAACACCAACUACAUCCCUGAUCAGAUGGCCCUGAUGGACAAAAUCAUGGAGUUCCACCAUAAACAUGUUGGGCAGACUCCAGCAGAGUCAGACUACCGUUUGCUUGAGGUGGCAGGCAAGUUGGAGAUGUACGGCAUCCGACUCCACCCGGCUAAAGACAGAGAGGGAACAAGACUCAGUCUGGCUGUAGCACACAGUGGUGUCUUUGUGCUUCAGGGACACACAAGGAUCAACGACUUUAAUUGGUCAAAAGUACGCAAGUUGAGUUUCAAGAGACGGAGGUUUCUUGUCAAAUUGAGAGCAGACCCUAGCCAGAACGUUAAUCAAGAUACCCUGCAGUUCUCGAUGGCGAGUCGUGACUGCUGUAAAAUGUUCUGGAAGAUCUGUGUGGAGUAUCACGCCUUCUUCAGGCUGUUUGAAGAGCCCAGACCCAAAACCAAACCAGUGCUGUUCAGCAGGGGCUCUUCAUUCAGGUUCAGUGGUCGGACACAGAAGCAGGUGAUAGAUUACGUGAAGGAAAAUGAGUUUAAAAAACUGCCAUUUGAUAGGAAACAUAGUAGAGUGCAGUUCAACAGUAGCCUGUCAUCUCUACCUUGUGCACUGCAUCAACAAGUGCCAAACCAAGCUGGGAAGCAGAGCUGGGAGGGCUCAUUGUUAGUGAGCUCAGAAGAUUCUGCUGUUUUAAGAGCAUGUGGAAACUCCUCCCCAUCAACCCAGCGCAACGAAUGCAGUGACCAAACGUACCCUGUUCAAGAGGGCAACAGAAGUCCGGCAGCUAAACAUCAGUCCGUCGAUCGAGCAGAGGUGACGUGUGCUCUGGUAACAUUAGUUAAUGGUCACGCUGAGGACUGUAGGGGAGUGACUCCGUCUCCUCUCAUCUCACCCAUGCUGAAUGACAGCUCUGCCAUACGCACUGAUGAUGAGGAGGACAACAGGAGGAAGAUUUGCCCUGAUGAUAAUGCAUACUUCAUAGCUAAAGAGCUGUUGAGCACUGAGAGGACUUACUUAAAGGACCUGGAGCUGAUCACAGUGUGGUUUCAGAGAGUGUUAGAGAAGGAAGAGUGUGUUCCAGACUCUCUCAAGACACUGUUGAGUUCCACCUAUGAGCCGCUACACACACACCACACACACUUCCUCCAGGAGCUUGAGGAGAGACUUUCACUCUGGGAAGAUCGAUCCACUGUGCAGGUUAAAGGGGAUUUUCAGCAAAUAGGAGACCUGCUGCUGAAGACUAUAAAGGACCUGAAGUCCCUCUCAUCUCAGCUACAGAUGAACUCAGAGUGUGUAUACGAACUGGAGAGAGCGUGUGCUGCGUCCUGGAGGCUGGAAUAUGUGUGUCGUGAGUUUGAGCUGCAAAAAGUGUGUUACAUUCCAUUAAACAUGUUUCUGCUGAGUCCUCUACAUCGAUCGCUGCACUACAGACUGAUACUACAAAGACUCUGUAAGCACUAUGUGCCAACACACAUCGACUACAGUGACUGCAAAGCUGCAUUGGCUGAUUUGUGUGAGUUGGAGGCUGAGCUUCAUUCCAGUCUGGUGGUGAUGGAGAACUAUCAGAAACUCCUGGAGCUUCAAAAGGAUUUGAUAGGUGUUCAGAAUCUGGCCGUGGCUGGACGUCAGCUCAUCAGACUGGGCUGCCUCAGUAAGCUCUCUGGGAAAGGCCUUCAACAGCGCAUGUUUUUCCUGUUCAAUGACGUCCUGUUGUACAGCACUCGAGGGAUAACAUCAACCAAUCAGUUUACAGUACACAGACAUCUUCCUCUGCGUGGCAUGACAAUCCGGGAGAGUGAGGAUGAGUGGGGGGUCCCGCACUCCUUCACACUGAUGGUUCAACAGCAGUCACUGGUGGUUGCUGCAUGUUCCGAGUCAGAAAUGGAGAAAUGGAUGGAGGAUUUAAAGAUUGCAGUUGAUAUGGCUGAAGAAUCGAAUGGACUGACCUCUGUCCUGCUGAUGUCAAACAAGGAUGCCAGUAAAUGCUCAGGGGUGUCUGAAUUGGAAUCAGAGGAUGAUCUAGGUGGGUCUCAAACAUCUUUGCCGCGACACGGAAACAACUCAGCCAGCUCACUUCACCGUGGCAACACUACAGCACACGUUUGUUGGCAUCGCAGCACCAGUGUUUCCAUGCUGGACUUUAACAUAGCGAUGGAGAACCGGCUUUCAGGAAAUCUGCUGAGAAAGUUUAAGAACAGUAACGGAUGGCAGAAACUCUGGGUGGUUUUCACCAAUUUCACACUGUUCUUCUACAAAACACACCAGGAUGAGUAUCCAUUGGCCAGUCUGCCGUUGCUGGGCUACACAGUAACAGAUGCGGGCGAGUCAGAAAACAUUCAUAAAGAUCACGUCUUCAAGCUGCAUUUCAAAUCUCAUGUCUACUACUUCAGAACUGAGAGUGAAUACUUUUUCGAGAGAUGGAUGACUGUAAUAAGGAGUGCAACAGUCUCAGCAAGGAGAACCCGCUAUCUGAACAGAACAGAACCUGACUGACAUGGACAGAACACCACCGAAACACGAGAAUCCGCUAUCUGAAUUGGACAGAACACGACUUAAUCACACAGAACCCCCUAUGGAGUCUUAGGGAGCAAACAUCUGAGUGUGUGUUUGUGUGUGUUUUUUUGUUUUUAUUUUUGACAAUGUUGCAUUUGUGACUGACUUUUUUAUCAUAAUAUUAUGACAUUAAAGGGGAAUGACACCUUUUCACUUCUGAGCCCUUUAAAAAAAAAAAAAAUUCAGUAAAAAUAUCAGCUUCAGACAAGCAGUAACCCCAUUAUUUUUAUUUUUAUUUUAGCUUCUUUGUUUUGUACACAGAACUUUCUAUUUUCCAUGGAACAUGUAAGGAGAUAUUUUGCAGAAUGUUCUGGAUGCUCUUCCAUACAUGAAAAUAAAUGGGGACUGGGGCUGUCUACCUUCAAAAAGACAAAAGGUCACCAUAAAAGCAGUAGCGUUGUUAACCACCACACAAAUCAUGCAAUUGCGUGAGGCCCCGGACGUCAGAGAGCCCCGGUCGGACGGCAAAACACUCAAAGGGUGAUGCGCUAUUCUGAGUUCACACACAGAUAUGCUGUUGUCAGCGUUUAUGGAACGAUUUACGUGCAUUCACCCAUUUGCGCAAUUCCAAACAUUCAAAGCCACUUAAAAUUAUUAUACAAAUCUAAAAACGCAACACAGUAUCACAGAAAUGUAGGAGGUGACAGCUUUUCACCAGAUUUGUAAUGUGGAACAUUGUAAUCUGAGAAAUACAUUGCAAUAAUUGUUCCAUCAAAAUAAAAGCCAUAUGUGAUGAUGAAGUCAAUACGACAGAAAUAUAUUACUUUUGUAUAAAACAAGCCUUCAAAAUAAUAAUACUAAUUCAGCAUCAUAUUAUAAUAGUAAACUUGACUGGACAAUAAUAAAUAAUAUUCAGCUAGGUUCCAAAAUAUAAGUGAGUGAAGUUGUUGUUUUGCACACACUGUUCAUUCACAAAGAUGUUUUAUAAAAAAAAUUUUAAAAAAACAAUUUAGGUAAACAUUGCCUUUUUAUUACUGUAUUGUUGUAUUGGUGCAUACAAAUGAUAUCAAUUAUAUUAUAAAUACCAUUUUUCCUUGUGUUCAUUUAGUGAAAAAACAAAAAAUUUUAAACAUUUUUUAAUCUGUUUGGCUACAAUGUCUGUUCUAAUCACUUUUAUGUAAUUUCUGAGCAAAGAAGCAAUUAUUAAGAUAUGUUUUGAAUGUUGUCAAAAGCCUAAAAAAUAUUGAGAUUUUUUGAGCCAUAUUGCCAACCGGGGGCCCCUGGUUGGACAGUUGGGGCCUCGGAAAUCGUAACCUCACCCUUGCAUAAAAGUACCAUAAAAAGUAGUCCAUAAAGCAAAGGAAUGUCUUAAGAGGACAUAGAAUAUAGGGUGCAUGUUGUUUGCCACUUUUAUGACACUUUUAAGGCUUUUUUCCCCCUUUCUUUUGGAGCUUGACAGCCCCAGUCCCAUUCACUUUUAUUGUUUAGAAAAGAGCAGUUCAGACAUUCUGCAAAAAAUCUUCUUAUCUGUUCAAACGGGUUUGGAACAACAUGAGGGUGAGCAAAUGAUGACAGAACUUUCUAUCUCUUUUUAAGUAAAGAAAAAUGUUGUGUGAAAAAAAAAAAGAUUCAAAGCAAAACAGCUGCAUUAAAUAGGCCUCCAUUCUUUUGUGUUCCAUAUUUUGUGUUUGGCCUAUUAAAGCUGGGGUAGCAGAAGUUAAAUGUUUUAAGGCUGUCUGGGCAACAAAGGUUACCAGCUCAAUGCCAGGUUUGGGCAAGUCACAACCUAGAGAAGAACCGAGAUCACCAUUGUGCCCGUAGGCAGGGUUCCUCCGGGGAACUAGCCUGCAAUUAGCCACUUUGGAUCAAAAGUGCCUGCUAAAUGGCUAGUGACCUUAUGACUAAAAAAAUUAUGGAUUUCAUGAUCCAUAAUAGGUCUCAGAUAUUUUAUAAAAGGUGCUGUAUUCACAGGAUGUUUUAGUAUUGGAUAUGAAUUGUUUUAUUGGGACAGCAGCAUUUGCUGAAGUUUUGAGGCAGUAUAAAGCCUGUAUUGAGUAUUUUAUCUAGAGACCGUUUUAAAGGAAUAGUUCACCCAAAAAUGAAAAUUCUGUCAUCAUUUACUCACCCUCAUGCCAUCCCAGAUGUGCAUGACUUUAUUUAUUUUGCUGAACACAAUAUAAAUAGAAACACUAUAAAUUCUCCUCCAUGCCCAGUAGGUGGCGAUAUGCACAAAGAAUGCAAAUUGACAAAAAAGUAGAAGAAUGUGAAAAAGUAAGUGGGGAUUUAUAGUAAAAAAGGACUUAAAUAUUUAUCUGUUACUCAUGCACACCUAUCAUAUAGCUUCUGAUGGAGUCAUAUGGAUUACUUUUAUGCUGCCUUUAUGUGCUUUUUAGACCUUCAGAGUUCUGGCCACCCUACACAGGGCUGAGAUAUUCUUAUAAAAAUCUUUGUUUGUGUUCAGCAGAAGUCAUACACAUCUGGUAUGCCAUGAGGGUGAGUAAAUGAUGACAGAAUUGUCAUUUCUGGGUGAACUAUGCCCUUAAGCGCUUUGAAAACUGAAAAUAAAAGUAUUAUUAAAGGCCUGGAAAUAAAGAAAGAGGUGGAAUUCCCCUUUAAACCCAUGACUUUCCCCAUAAACAUACAGGUGCUUUUUUUACUAGUUUUGUGCUGUAUCCAUUAGUGUAGAAAACACCGCUGCAUUUUACUAGCCUUUUACAGAAUCUUAUUUUAUAAACAAUAUUUAAUUGUGCAUUUGUGAAGUUUCUGGCUAUUAGUGUCACUUGUUGCCUCUAAAAGUAGGCUGGUCUGUUUCAGUGCCACGUGCCAUGAUUUUUAUAGUAAAGUUUUCUAUGUUUAAAUGUUUUAAACUCCGUUUCUAUCAGCUAAUGUGCCCAUGUGCCAAAACCAUUUUGUAUUUCUGUUUGUUUCCAUUUUGGACUGAAUGGUCAAUAAAGACAUUGUAAAUUUGGACUUUAAAGGCAAAUUAAGAAUAUAUUAACUGUAGAGAGUAAAUUUUUUCAAAAUGUAAAUUUUGACAAACUUUAUUGAAGCUUAUAUUUGUACAGUUAAAGUGCCAUUAAGAGUGUAACACACAUAAAAAUGUAUUUUACAGUACACCAUUUAUUUGACACCAUUUAGCAUUUGAUAGUGAAGAAAGAGGGAUAUUUUGUUAUUUGAGGGUGUAAGAAAAUCAAUAUCACUGUCAUCUUCGGAAUAUAACAAUAGAAUGUUCACUAAAUUAAGAAAUACAGAACCAGAAUACAUGUAAACACUCAUUUCAGACAAUAAAUGAAAAGCCACAACUAUGUAUUACAGGUUAGUUUAGUCCACAGAGGAAGUAAAGCUUUAAAGUGUGCAGAUAAACAUAAUAUUUUAGUUUCAUAAGGUCCAAACAAUUCUAAAAUGAAAGAGAAGAGAGGUUAAAAUGAAGAGAGCUUAUUGGAAAUGAAGAGAGUUUAUUG